AUGAUGGAGGAACAUCUCAACGGGAACGGCGUCAAUGGGAUGAACGGUUCGACAUACUCGUCGAACCGCAAUCCGCAACAACCGGCAACGCCACCUGGAAAUGGUCACAGCAAUGGUGAAGGAGGAAGGUAUAGUGUGAGGACAGGAUAUUUUCGUGAAAGAGGAGUUCCGCCACCAAAGCCUCUUUUUGCAACUGAAGAUACGGAGACUCCAAAAAAAACGGCUCGUCCGCGUUUACGAGACGGUCUGACUGCACCACCUCUGCCCAGGGCUGUGUUCGAUUCUGACGUGCCACCGGGCACUCCGAAAACUGCCGUUACAAACGUUGCCUCUUCGCUAAUCAGUGCAUGUGCCAAUUCACCAGUUGUGUCGUUUACGCGUGGGGUGUUACGUGCUAGUCGCAAAAAGAUUCGUCCGCUCUUCAACCAAUCCUCAACUGCCGGAACGUACGACUUUGGCGGGCCGAGCACAAGCACAUUCCACCGCGAAGUGUUCAGUUAUCCGCAACUCGUUAUCAUGGAAACGGACAAAUCGCCGAAGCAGAUGGAUCAGAUUGCCACCAAGAGCACUUCGAAGGGAUUGACACGGGCGAAAAGGUUUUGGUUUGCUGUGGUUUUGGCUUGAGUGGUAGUCCCUCUCCCUCCUUCUCCCCCGCGAAUAACUACCUUUUUGUACCCACACUUUUUUGUGCCUUCAAAAUUUCACUAGCUCAUUCGGUCCAAUUAAAUUUUCCAUCCACACCCAUCCAUUGCUUUACACAAAGAUCCGCCAACACAUUACAUUUUUUUCGAUAACUAAUUCCGGUGGCUGGGUGCUCACUUAAUGAUGUGCGUGGAAAAUGAACACGAAAUUAGAAAGAGGACAAUAUACAUAAGUUUGCUUUGUUCACUUGAGUUAUUGUUGCACAUGAUCAUCGAUCAACUUUUUGCUCCUUCUUUUCAUCUCCACUCAUUUCGAUUGUUCAUUUUCCUUGCAUGAUUCUCACUUUGCGGGAUUUCUUCUAAUAAGUCCCCUCUGCAUGCCCUUUUCAACACUUCUAAUGUGGCGUGGUGGCUAGUCGAUAGGUGGUACUUUCUAAGAACAUUUAGAAUAGGUCACUAAUCUUAAUCAACAUACUAAUUGUUCUUUUCAGCUCGUAUUGGGAGUCGGCGCCAGCGGAAAUGGUCGAAUUAGCUCAAAAGUACAAUUUCACGAUCGACGAGGAGCGUAGCAUCCAGGACGAGGCUCUCCAACUGCGUGCCAUCAUCCGCAAGGACUUGAAAAAGAAAUUAAAGAUCAAGAGUGGCUACUUUCGCAUCAAGGCGGCUACUGCGGACCGUCGUCAGCAUGACUUUCUUCGUUUCGAGUUGUCCGACUUGAACGAGCAGAUCGCCGAUCUUCAGGAGGAUCUUCAGGCACUUGAGAUGUACAACACUGGCGCUUUCGGUAGGGAUUACCCAGUCCAAACUCACAAACUGACAUUUUCUUUCAGAUGAAGAUGUGAUGUACCUCGACAGUGUGGAAGAUUGCGAGCUGGAGAACGGACCGCCGAACAAAUUGCUGAUUCUUCAGCUGGAACUCGAAAAGGAGUACAAGGUCAAGAAGGGACUCGAUCAGUUUCUUCGAGAUGCUCCGGACAAGUCGAAAGUGCACGGCGAUACGCGAAGCCUUCUUGAGGACUGUCGUGCCAAGAUCGCAAUGCUGCGCAUGCAAAUCGAACGUCUCUCGCAAGACAACACUGCUCCGCUUGUGACUAAAUCGAGUACCGAGUUGGCCAUCGACGAAUUGCUCUUCCGUUUCUCGAAAGAAAAGGCUCUGAUGGACGGAUCUCGCAACAUGAUCCGUACUCUUCGUGGACAGAAGAAGCAGGACAACAAGGCUAUCGAAGAGGCGAUCAGCAGCUACGUCAUCGCUUCGGAGAAGGCCGACCUCAUCAGACUGGCUCUGCUCAAAUACGCGGCGGAUCUUCCACUGGAUCAUUCGAACAGAGUUCCGCUCAUUGGAGACAUCAACGCGGGAAGAAUUCCACCGCCACCGCCACUCAUCCAGCCAGAGCGCACCAGCCCAUCUGGAGAAGAAAACUCGAUUAUUCCGUCGACCGUUUACGCUCGCCGUUUCAGCUUCAUGCCAACGUCUCUUCAGAUUAGCGGAUGUCUUGAGGUUUCAUACCAAAUUUUCAGCAAUCUCCUAAUUAUUUGUCUAUUCAGGUUACCAUCAACGGAUGCGCCGGAAUCCUCACAGACGUUUUCGAUCGCAGAGUCCGCAAGGAUAUUCCUGGAACCGCUGGUUUCCUCUCCGUCUUUGGAUACGAUGCGAACGGAAAGAAGAAGAAGUCAUUGAGCCGACCGAUCAACGCAGAUGACAUUUUCUGUGUUGUUCGCAUCGACAAUCGUUUCAUCGGGGCCACUGACUUGAAGAAGAUCUCAGAUCGCAACUGGGACCAGAAGUACACGCUCGACUUGGAUCGUUCGCGAGAGCUUCAAAUCGAGCUGUUCUACCACGACGAUCGUUCGAUGUGCGGUUUCGCGUCGGUCCGUCUCUCGAAUCUGAUUGAGGCGACGCACAGAGUCGGAAUUCUUGUUCCGGUCGAGCCACAAGGGACCAUCUUUGUUCAGUUCAAGUAUAUGAAUCCAGUGGUCAGCCGAAAACCGAAGCUGGAGCGUCAGCGACGUCUUUUCCGCGUCAAAGGUACAUUUUUACGGACAGAACAAUAAAAUGAGUGAGCGCUUUUUUUGCAGAGUCAAAUGACGGAGCUCGUCAGAAACUGGGAGUGUUCGCCUUCUCGCGUCUCAUCAAGAGCAGAGGAAAUGACCAAAGCGAGAAGUUUGCCGCUUUCACUGGUGAGUUUGCGGUCGCUCAUUUCUCUUGAUUUCCCACGUCCGCGUGCAAUUUUUGAACAGCAACGUGCAAAACAUAAGAUUCGGCUGCUUUCGUUUUGAGAAAAAAAAAAGAAAUGACAGAGAACAGAUGAUUUAGUUAAAUGAAAAAACACGCGCCACGAAUCUGUGUUAUUUCCAAUUCGUGGGUAACUAUGUUUUUUUUUCAAUAAGCCAUAUAAGCCUUAUAAGAAAAAUGGAUUGAAGCGCGAUCAUCUCCAAGCUCAUCUUCAGCUAUGAUUAAUUUUCUUCUAGGCUUCUCUCCGGUGGCCAUUUCGUCGAUGUCUUCGCAAAGCCAGCCGGGUCCGUCGACGUCGGCUCCGUCGACCGCUGGUCCUUCGACCUCGUCGUCCGCGGUCUCUGCUGCACAGCCAUCCACGUCGACGUCGCUCUUCGACAAGGUCAGUAACCACUUGCCUGUGAGUACUUUUGGUUUUUUGCUAAUCAAUGUCUGUACAACAUGCGUCAACCAUAACCAGUCAGCUCUUUCUGUCGCCGCUUUCAAUCGAUCGUCUUUAUUUCGCUUCCACCUGCCAAUUUGCCUUUUUUUUAAUAUCGCUUGCAAUUUCCUACUUUUGGAGUGGUUUUUGAGUGUUGUGCUAACAUCAUUAUCGUGUAACAAUUCAAUAUAUCCAUCCGUCUUCAGGGGUUCAAUCCGCGCAAGUCGGCCAAGAAACGAGAGGCUCGGGAGGCUGCUGCCGCCGCUUCGGCCGCUGCCGCCGCAUCUUCGAGCAACUUCCAAACGCCGACUCGCGAGCGCAAUUUGAUCGUCGACGAGAUCCCGGCCGACCGUCAGCUUCCACCGGUGCCGGCUGCUCGGCACAUCGACAGCUUCACGACUUGCGAAGGAAGCCCAUUGGACGUGGAGCAGUUCCGUCUGAUCAGUGUGCUCGGACGGGGUCACUUUGGAAAAGUGAUUCUGUCGCAGCACAAUCCGACCCAGAGUUACUACGCUCUUAAAGUGCUCAAGAAGGGAGACAUUCUCGGACGCGACGAGGUUGAGUCGCUCAUGGUGGAGAAGCGCAUUUUCGAGGUGUCGUCUCGUGCCAGACACCCGUUCCUUGUCAACCUCCACGGAUGCUUCCAAACCCCGGAGCACGUGUUCUUCUGCAUGGAGUACAGCAUGGGAGGAGAUCUGAUGCGUCACAUCCACGACGACGUGUUCGACGAGGUCCGUGGUUGCUUCUACGCGGCGUGCGUCGUUCUAGGACUGGACUUCCUCCACAAGAACAACAUCAUCUACCGUGACAUCAAGUUGGACAAUCUCCUUCUUGACCGUGAGGGAUAUGUGAAAAUUGCCGAUUUUGGCCUGUGCAAGGAAAACAUGGGACCUUUCGACAAGACGAGCACUUUCUGCGGUACUCCGGAGUUCCUUGCUCGUAAGUUGUUUGUUUUACUUUUCGAAGUAAUUAAUUGAGUUUGUUUCAGCUGAGGUUCUCUCGGACUCGUCCUACACUCGUGCCAUUGACUGGUGGGGUCUUGGUGUUCUCAUCUUCGAGAUGCUUGUCGGAGAGCCGCCAUUCAGUGGCGAUGACGAGGAGGAGAUCUUCGACUCUAUCAUCUCCGAAGAUGUUCGCUACCCGAGAUAUUUGUCCGUUGAGUCUAUCGCCAUCAUGCGAAGAGUGAGCUUAAUGAAUAAAGUUCAGAUGAUUAUUUUUCGUUUUCAGCUUCUUCGCAAGGUCCCCGAGAAGCGAUUGGGAUACGGAGAGCGUGACGCCGAGGAUAUCAAGAUCCAGCGCUUCUUCCGUCACAUUUCGUGGGAGUGGGACAAGUUGUUGACCCGUGAGAUCCGCCCGCCAUUCCAGCCACAACUCGUGAGUUUACCCGACCGUAACUGCGUUUAUUUAGUGUGCAUUAUUUCAGCGCAACCCGGAGGACGUGUCUAACUUUGACCUGGAAUUCACGCAGGAGAGAGCCCGUUUCUCGGCCGCCUCGAGCAAUCGCCCGAUCACGGAGGCCGAUCAGCGACUCUUCAACAACUUUGACUUCUCCAUUGUCCCAUAA